AGCUCAUUGACAUUUAAUAAUUCUAAGUAUUGAAAUCUUACAAACUUUAGCUUCAGAUCGACAAGCGCAAGUCCAUUAAGCAUUUAAUCCUUUAGGGUUUUUCCUGCGCGUCCAUUUUUUCUCUUUCCGGUCCGCACCAAAGAAAGAAAUUCGCAUAAAUUUGGCAACGUGCAAAAUCUUUGUUAUGGCAUUUUAGAAAUUAUUUCUGCUGAAUAAGGUUUUAAAUUAUGUUUUGACUUGUAAUUUGUAAAUCAGCAUUUUAGUACCUCAUAGAGGCUUUUAAUUCUUUUAACUUGUAUUCUGUCCAUAUUUGUAUCUUUUUUGUUUUGACUUAGUAAGUUUUUUUACUGAAAUCCCACAGUGCAAGUGAACUUUGAUGCCAAGAUAUAAUUUUUGCCUAGUUGUCUCGAUUCAUAUCUAUUUUAACUGAUAAAACUGUCUGUUUAAUGUAAAGUAAGAUUUUUUUUAACUUCAAAUUUGCCCUCUCAACCAUGUUUGUCACAAUUGAGUCUACAAUUGGGGGAAAUGUCGCUGGAUACUUACAAUGUACCGUUACAGGUAAUGAGACCAUAAGUAGUCUACUGUCUACCUACUGUGAAUCAAAGGGAAUCCCAGUCAACCCAAACUUUUUACUACGGGACCAGAAAGGUGUUGUCCUUGACAAUAAGAAAACUUUGUCAGCAAGCAAUAUUAAGCAUGGAGAUACCCUUUACCUUGAAAUCAGAGGGAUGCAGAAUGGUGUGUUUCGUUUUACCAGUUGGUGGUUGCUGGCUUUUGGAGCCAUAUUCAUUGCUGUGGGAGGCUUUGCUGUCGUAAUUACCCUACAUAACUUGACUGGGCCUACUCCAAUUGAGUAUGGUGUCGUCCUUGACGGAGGUUCUAGUCACACGGCGGUUUUCGUUUACCAAUGGCCUGGACCGAAAUGGAAGGGCACCGGCGUUCUCCGGCAAAUAGGCGUAUGUAACAUUGUGGGUGAUAUUGCCAGUUUUUAUAACAACGUUGCUGGCGUUGACGCCUUUCUGACACCAUGUCUUUCUUACGCCAGCUCCAAAGUCCCUUCAGCAAGUCAAUUCAACACGCCCAUAUAUUUUGGCGGCACAGCCGGAUUACGUUUGUUAAAUAUUAGCCAACCAAGUGCAACUAGUGUUUUAUUGGACUCGAUUCGCAACCGACUGAGUCGAUCAGGUUUUCGAUUCGACUGGUCGUACGUUGAAAUUUUAUCAGGAAUGGAUGAAGCUCAAUUCAGUUGGGUUACAGUCAACACCCAAUUGAUGAACGUUGGACCUGAGCAUCGUAUGAUGUACCUGAGGGAUGGAUCUCAAGAGACGGUAGGUGCUUUGGAUUUGGGUGGAGCUAGCACACAGUUAGCCCUUCAAGUUCCAAGUGGCCAUGAAGUCAUGUCCGGGUUGACGACUAAAUCAAACGAAAUGUGGAGAGAAGAUGAUGUUUGCAAUUUACAAUUGUACAGCCAAAACUAUUCCGUCUACAGUCAGAGCAGUUUGUGUUAUGGCGUUUUAGAAGUCAUCAAACGCUACGAAUCUAUGCUGAUCGUCGAAAGUGGAACCAAUGGAUCGAAUGUCUUAGAAAGUCCGUGUCAACCAUUGGGCUAUAGCACGGUGGUUAAAGCCGACAACAUCUUCAACUCACCCUGUUCUCAGAAUCGAUCGACCAGCGUUCAAGAAUGGACUCUGAAUGGAACGAGCAAUUACCAUCAAUGCUUUGAGCUAAUUGAGCGCCUUUUCAAUUUUACCUAUUGCCAAUCGCAUUUCCUACCGGCAACCUGCUUUUCGAAUGAGGGUCAACCUUCUCUUAACAAUCAAGACUUUUUGGCUUUCUCUAGCUUUACGAUUAUAACAAGAGAAUUGAACGUGACCAAUACAAGUUCGUUGGCAGAUUUCCGCAGUGCAGUCCAAUCGGUAUGCAAUAUGACCCUGGAUGAAAUUUUGGACAUUCCUUUAACUAUUCCGAAUUCGUCGUUUGUGCCACUGAUUUGCCUGGAGACUCAGUACAUAUUAUCGCUAUUGACUUCCGGCUAUGGAUUCGAUGACGAAACAUGGCAGGGUCUCCACUUUGUCAAACAAAUCUCCGGUACGGAAGUUGGAUGGUCGAUGGGUUACAUGACCGAAAAAACGAAUAAAAUUGCUGCUGCUGAGGCCUCUCUUCUACUAGCUACCCCGGUUUUCAUUGCUCUUGCAAUCCUGUUUACUCUUUUCCUGAUAAUCGGCUUCCUCCUCUCAUACCACGCCGUUAGGAUGAAGCGUUCCGCCAAUUCAUACAGCAGUUCUUGCACCUUUGCCCCUUUUAACAAUAUUUAAGGUACAUUUUUAGUUAACCAUAUAGCCAUCCUCGAUAUCCUCUUCUUAGGGAGCUGUUGCUGAAAAUGGACGACGAAUUGGAACGAUUCCUGCCUAUUUCCGAUUUCAAUGAGCAAGAAUCUUGAAGUCAUCAACUUGAAAAACGUUUCUUAUCUACCAGACAUGCAUUUUUAUGUGCACGAAUUUUGUGCCCAAUAAUCUUAUUUUCACGAAGUUACUUGUCAGUUUUUCUCUCCAUUCAAUCAAACGCCUGCAUUUAUAUAUUUUAUCGAAUGAGGAAUUUUCAAUAAAUAUUGAUUAUUAACAUAUU